AUGCCGAUCAUGCAAGCGCCGGGGCAGAGCACUGGGCCGGCCAGUGAACGUGCCGCGGCGUGGGCUCAACAGCCGCGCGUGGUCGCUGACGUCGCCCGCCACCCCGCAGCCGCGCUACGGGAGCAUCAUCACUGUGCUCAGCAUCGACGGCGGCGGCGUCCGCGGGAUCAUCCCGAUGGCACCAUCCUCGCUUUCCUCGAAGAAAAGCUACAGGAGCUUGAUGGGCCGGACGCGAGGAUUGCGGACUACUUCGACGUGGUCGCCGGGACGAGCACCGGAGGCCUGGUUGCCGCCAUGCUCACCGCGCCCAACGCCCAGGGCCGCCCGCUCUUCGCCGCCAAGGACGUCAACAAGUUCUACCUCGAGCACUGCCCGAAUAUCUUCCCUGCCGUCUGCAAAGGACCUCUGGGCUGGCUCAAGAGCAUGUUGGGACCCAAGUACAACGGCCGGCACCUGCACAAGGUCGUCAAGGAACUGCUUGGCGACACGCGAGUCGAUCAGACGCUCAAGAACAUCGUCAUCCUCACCUUCGAUAUGAAGCUGCACCAGCCUACAAUCUUCUCCACCUAUGACGCCAUGAGGGAUGUCUCCAAGAACGCUCUUCUGUCGGACGUCUGCAUAAGCACGUCCGCAGCGCCGACCUACCUACCUGGCCACCAUUUCGAGACCAAGGACAAAGAUGGCAAGACCCGGGCUUUCAACCUCAUCGAUGGAGGCGUCGUCGCUAACAAUCCGACGCUGCUGGCAAUGACCCACGUAAGCAAGCAAAUCCUGAUGGGAAACCCGGACUACUUCCCUGUCAAGUCUGCAGACUACGGAAAGUUCAUGAUCCUUUCGCUGGGCACCGGCACCGCCAAGAUGGAAGAGAAGUUUGAAGUAGCUGAGUGUAGUAAGUGGGGCCUUCUCGGGUGGCUUUACAAGAGGGGUGCCACGCCGAUCAUUGACAGCUUCAGCGAGGCCAGCGCCGACCUUGUUGAUAUCCAGGCAUCUGUGCUCUUUCAGGCACUACACUGCAACAAGCACUACCUCCGGAUCCAGCAGAACAAGCUUAUCGGCGACAUGGCCUCCGUUGAUGUGUCCACAUCAAAGAACCUCAACGGGCUCAUUGGUGUCGGCGAGGCGCUGCUAAAGAGGCAGGUGUGCAUGGUGAACGUCGAGACCGGCAAGAACGAGCCCAAUCUAAAAAGGGGCACUAACGAGGAGGAACUGGCCCGUUUUGCUCGCAUGCUGUCGGAAGAGCGCAAAGAAAAGAAGGUGGAAUUUUACUCGAGGAAGUAG